AGUUUUUACAAUAUGAUUUUGAGUUAUUUAGAAUUAGUGAAAAACUGAUCACAUCAUAAUAGUUAGUGAAUCACAAUGUUAUGAAAUCGCUUUAAUUGGUAGAUCGAUUAGGUUCCAUCACACCGUAACUAAAUCGGCCACAUUGCUUAUGUGGGUUUCCUUAGUAUCAAUUGAAACUAUUGGGUUCAAUUUAUAAUUCUAUUAAGUGAAAGGUUUAACUGAUAAAUAGUAAGUAAUAUCAGGGUGUUUCUGUAAAUAAUCAUAUUCUCUUCUUCGAGUUAAUUUUUGUUUCUACGAAGACGGCGAAACACGAAGAAGAAGAAGAAGAAACAGCAAAAAUGGCUUCUCAGAGUUCUUCACUAUUUCUGGUCAUCUUCUUCAUCUUCAUCUACGCUUCUUCAAUUUCAUCCUCUCUUCUCGCCACAGCACAUGAACAUGACGGAGAUGAAGAGAUCAGAAGCGUUGGACGGAGAUUUCUUCUAGGUUUCAAAGAAACUCCAAAAGGAAGUAAUAUCACCUUCGCAUGUUCUCCUUCAGGUCCUUGUGUUUCUUGCAAUUCCUCCGAAAAGAGAAAAGAGAAGUAUCGUUGUAGUGAAACUGGGUAUCGUAUUCCAUUCAAAUGUAAAGAGAUGAGAGAAGAAGUGGAUUCACAUAAGAAAAAUGGAGAAGAAGAAACAAAAAAUGAUCAAUCGAACAAUGACGAAGAAGCGAAACCGAGGAAUCUGCUGGAUGAUUCACCAGCGACGAAAGUGAAGUCUCAGUCUUACAAAACUUAUCGAAGCUGUGUGCCAUCUGCGGAUGAGGAGAAGUUAUCAGUUCUUGGUUUUGAGUCGAUUAUGCUAGGACUGUUCUUGAUAAGCGGAGCCGCUAUAUACAUCAGAAAGAGACAGACAGUACCGAUGCUUGGGGUAUCAAGUGGAAGAUCACAAAGCAAUUCUCGGUUUUAAAAGAAACCUUUCUCGGUAUGUAAAGCUUUCAUCUACUCACCCAGAAACAGAUUUAACAUUUGUCAUUGUCUGUUGAAAAGACGAGAAUAUGCUUGAGUGUAUAGAAUAGCUUUAGGGUAUAUGACAAACAUGUUUGGCUUUGAUAAUAUAACUUUGCUUACCGU